AUGGAGGGACUGUUGAGGAGGAGGUUAUCGACAGAAAUUCACAAACACUACGGAAAUGCGAGAGAUAUAGAGUGGGGUCUAUUCGGGGGCCAAAUAUUUAUGCUUCAGUCGAGACCCGUAACUAAUUUAGACAACUCUUACACCGACUACGAGAUUAUGCAUGAAUUGGAUUCAUCUCAUCCGUCAGAGUUUGAGAUCUACUCCCGGGCCCAUUUGGGCGAAACCUUUCCCGGAGCCACCUCUUGGACAGCCCUUCAGAUCCAUUGGGGCAAUAAAAGUAGUUUUGUCCGUCUAAGUUUAGAUAUGAGACUUAGCACCGUUGAAGAUUACAACCCAUUUGUAGAGAACAUGGGAUGUGAAUAUAACCAGGUUAUGUUUAAUAUAUCCAAUGGAGCUAUGACCGGAUUCUUUGAGGGCUACCCUAAGUCUAAACCCGCAGUUUCUAUGGUGUUAGCCUGGUUUGGCCAUCAUAUUGAGGACAAGGAUGUUAUCAAAUGUUUUAAUGAUAACUCUCAGAGUCGACCAAAACAAUCAAUUACAAGCAUAUUUCAAAAACUUAAUUUCUUUCUA